AUUUUCUCUUAGCUCUUCCAUAAAGAGAGACGCAACAGACGCGACAAUCUGGCGCUUAGAAGAUGUUGAAUAUAUAUUCUUGCUGCAUUGUGAUCGCUAUACUUUUUCUCUGUCAUAAUGGUAUGAGCGUUAACGCAACUCUAUGUGAAGAGUUUACACUUAACAAAAAUCCACUUACUCAAAUCAAGUGUGAUCGUGGUGGUUGUUUUGCUUUAUGGAAAAAUGUCAGUGGAAAUAUAACAGUACACCACAAAGGUUGCUGGACGAAGGGAAAUGAAAAAAUGCCAGAUAAAUGUCAAGGCAUGUCUCAAUCGUCUAAUUUAAUAUUCUGCGACUGUGGCACCGAUUUUUGUAAUAGAAAUUUAUCUUGGGAUGGAAGAAAAAGAGCUUCCACCAUCACGAACAUUUCUUCCACAGUUGGACAGCCCUCCAAAAGCAAUGAUCAUAUCAUAUACGUCAUUGGCUGUUGUUGUUCUUGCAAUUUUGGUAUUUUGUUCUUUAUUAUUUUCUUGAAAAGACGUGUUCUUAGAAAACCAGAAACAGAAAACAUCAGCAAAGCCAGUGAGAUUGAAACCUUGAUGUCGCCGGAUUUUGCCGACUUACCUCCGAUUGAUCCAAAGGAAGUAUUAUCUCAGGGUCAAUUUUGCACUGUGAGAAAAGGUCGCAUGGGAUACAAAGAUGUCGCUGUCAAAAUCUUUCCCUUUGCCCAAUUCUCCAAACCAACACCAUCGGCUUUGACAGAAGAAGAUAUAUACGUCGUGUGUAAACUUAAUCAUGAAAAUAUUCUUAAAUUUGUUGGAAGACGCGUUCAUGAGGAAGCAAACCAGCAAGAGCUUUGGCUUGUCACAGAAUACAUCGAACAAGGCUCUUUGUCUGAUUUCCUGAAGCGCAACACAAUCAACUGGGAAAACCUGUUUCACAUGGCCAUGGCCUUGGGUAUGGCGUAUUUGCACUCUGAAAUUCCAAAAGUAAAGCCUUCCAUAGCUCAUCGUGAUAUAAAGAGCAAAACAUCCUUUAAAAAUAAUCUUACAUGUUGUAUAUCUGACUUUGGUCUUUCAAUGAAGUUUGAUAACAAAGAUGGACCCGGUGAUACUCACGGUCAGGUUGGAACUCGCAGGUAUAUGGCCCCAGAAGUCCUUGAAGGUGCAAUCAAUUUUUCACGAGAAGCGUUUCUUCGUAUUGAUAUGUAUGCAUUUGCACUUUGCCUUUGGGAGCUACUCACAAGAUGUACCGCAUUGCAAGGAGAUCGAACGCCUGAGUAUAAAUUGCCGUUUGAAGAAGAAGUAGGCAUCCAUCCUACGUUGGAGGAACUUCAAGAUUAUGUCGUUAAUAAAAAAUUACGACCUAGUAUUUCGUAUGAAAUGAAGAACAAAGAUCAAGCUAUUGAUGGCAUGUUAGUCACAAUAGAAGAAUGCUGGGAUCACGAUGCCGACGCUCGUCUUACUGCUGAUUGUGUGGCUGAAAGAAUAAAACAGUACUUCGAAAAUGGAAAACGGCAGGCUAACACUAUUUUUACUGGCAUGCAUAUACAGCUUGAGAAAGAGAACGAACUGUUGGCAUAGUAAAACACAGAUCUUGAUUUUAUAUUAUGAAUAAAGGCCUGUUUCAAACGUUGCAUUUUACAUGAGCUGAGUGCAAUUAACACAAAAGAUGAUGAGGCAUUUUAUCUCAUUUUCUUUUGUCUUUAAAGUGUUCGGCUCAUGUAAAACGCGACGUUUGAAACAGGCUAACUGUUGCGCAGGAAACGCAAUUUUUAUUUCUCUUGCCCUUUAAAUGUUCUUUUAGAACAUUUUUGAUUGGUUUGUUCGACAAUGAACGUUUCUCAAGCUGUCAAUGCUACUGGGUACCAUUUUUUUCAUGAAAAUUUUAUUUAGUUAUUCUCCUAGGUCUAGGCACAGUAUGGAAACAAACAAUAGUCCCACUUCGCUGUACGACGUAGUGCUGCAUAUUUAAUUUGAUUACUGGCUACGGCUGGUCACCUCAGCGUUCCUAUUGGUCAGAACAUGCAAUUGAGGGCCACAAGUUUUUCACACUUGUUGUGUCACGUGUUACCCUCUUUUAAUAAAGUUUAAUCAAUCAAUAAUCAAUCAACUAGCUGCCACUAUGGUAAUCCCAUGCGCAAGAUAUGCCCUACUCAUAAAAAAUUAAGUAGAGUGGGACUACAUUUUAUUUCUAUACUGUGGUCUAGGUGUCAUGUAUAUAGUUAAGGCAAAUCUGCCAAGCAUAGAAAUUUAAGCUUUAUGUGUGUGUGUCAUUCACAUAUGCGCAUAACUGUAUAUGUCAUGAACAAAGUUCGUGAAAACGAAUUCGUACUUCGUAAACCAAAAUGAACAUAGUUUAUCGAGUUUACUAAGUCGUUACAUUUUAACCGGAUAUUUUUUCCCACCAAAACUGAUCUACAAGUCUUUAAUCAUCAUCGCAACUCCGGUGUUGCUUACAGCAUAACAGAACAUCUGGUUUGACUGCAAAAAAAGUCAAAAACUGCUGAUCAACUAAGCUAACUGUUACAGGGAAGUAUAUUGUUUCUUCCCAGAUGAUGUACACAGUAUGUACAUAGUAUGUACAUUUUUAGUUGCAUUACUUAUAAUUAUUUUAGUACCAUAGUCAAUCAAAGCUAUUUCAUAGCAAAUUCUUCGUUACCGAUGAUACAGGUGAUAUACGCAAGCUCUGGUGCAAUCAUUAAAACACAUCCUAGAUUUUAAAAAAAAAUGCAUCUCUUACACAUUGAAAAUGAAUAGAAAAUUGCCAUGAUCGUUUUCUUGUAUUUGUCUACUAUUUUAAGUAAUAUAUCGAUCAUUUAAAGGUUGCUCAUAGCUUGCUGCAAACUUUUGCAUCUGAGGCAAAAAAUUGUGUUUAUUAAUAAGUAAAAUAUCUCUUCGUGGUAUGGACGUAAAUGCCAGAUUAAACGAGAGUUUACAAUGUUAUACUAUUUUACGACUAGUUCAACUUGUGUAGGUGGUACUCAUACCGCUUGACCAUCAAAGCAAUUAAAGAUACCAACGCAAAAUACAAAAAGCAUUUGGAAGGAAAGCUUUGUGAGCCUACGAAAGUUAUUUAAGUUAGCGUUUCCUGUCUAUUCAUGAAGUGAAAAUAGACGUAUACAAUUUGAUCACUUAGCCUAUCAUAUAUUAGUCGAUAAAUCAACUACAAGCUAAUUGAUGGGUAUAUAUCGCAUACGCAAUCGCCAAUAUUUCUCGGGAAUGAUAAAAUGAAUAUGUGAGGGAUUGUUUCUUAAAAUAUAUAAAAUAUUAUAAUUAUUUGUAGAUUAGUCUGUUUUAUUAUAUCAUUACGAAUUUUUGAUGUUUUAACAAAUUUCAUCAUUGUAAUAACUUUUAUGUGUUCAUUGAAUAAAUAUAAAUUACAUGUA